ACCACCUCCGAGGGAGAACCACCAGCAGAACCAGCAGAACCAGCAGAACCAGCAGCAUGGCGCUCACCAGCGACCCGAACUACAAGAAGCUGGAUCAGUGGUUCAAAGCGAACCGGGGGAGCCUCAACAUGAGGAACCUGUUCGAGUCCGACCCGGACCGCUUCAACACGUUCAGCAUCACUCUCCAGACAGAUGAUGGAGAGAUCCUGCUCGACUACUCCAAGAAUCUCAUCAACCAGGAAGUGAUGUCCAUGCUGGUCGCCAUGGCCAAGUCGAGGGGCGUGGAGGAGGCCAGAGACCAGAUGUUCUCCGGAGAGAAACUCAACUUCACAGAGGGCCGCGCGGUUCUGCACGUGGCUCUGAGGAACCGCUCCAACCGGCCGAUCCACGUGGACGGGGAGGACGUGAUGCCGGAGGUGAACCGGGUUCUGGACCAGAUGAAGGCCUUCUGUCACCGAGUACGGAGUGGCGAGUGGAAAGGCUUCAGUGGGAAAAGCAUCACGGACGUCGUGAACAUCGGCAUCGGAGGCUCUGACCUGGGUCCUCUGAUGGUGACCGAGGCUCUGAAGCCGUACUCUGCAGGAGGACCCGCCGUGUGGUUCGUCUCCAACAUCGACGGAACUCACCCGCAGCAUCAGGCCACCACACCACGCACACAGCAUCUGGUUCACAUGUUCUCUCCUCAGACCUUCACCACUCAGGAGACCAUCACCAACGCAGAGUCUGCCCGGGACUGGUUCCUCAAGACAGCCAAUCAGAAAUCUGACGUGGCGAAACAUUUUGUGGCUCUGUCAACCAACGCAGUCAAGGUGAAGGACUUCGGCAUCGACACUGAGAACAUGUUUGAGUUCUGGGAUUGGGUCGGAGGUCGUUACUCUCUGUGGUCGGCCAUCGGUCUGUCCAUCGCCCUGCACAUCGGCUUUGAAGGCUUUGAGCAGCUUCUGUCCGGAGCUCACUGGAUGGACCAGCACUUCCUCUCCGCGCCACUAGAGGGCAGUGUCCCGGUGCUGCUGGCCCUUCUGGGCGUUUGGUACAUCAACUUCUUCGGGGCGGAGACUCACGCCAUGCUGCCCUACGACCAGUACAUGCACCGCUUCGCCGCCUACUUCCAGCAGGGCGACAUGGAGUCUAACGGUAAAUCCAUCACCAAAGAUGGCGUCCGUGUCGACUAUCACACCGGACCAAUCGUGUGGGGAGAACCAGGGACCAAUGGGCAGCAUGCAUUCUACCAGCUCAUCCACCAAGGAAGUCGUCUGAUUCCUGCAGACUUCCUCAUUCCUGCUCAGUCCCAGCAUCCAAUCAGGGACAACCUGCACCACAAGAUCCUGGUGGCUAACUUCCUGGCCCAGACAGAAGCUCUGAUGAGGGGGAAGACGGCCGCCGAGGCUCGAGAGGAGCUGGAGGCCUCGGGCCUGAAGGGGGAGGGGCUACUGCAGCUGCUGCCCCACAAGGUCUUUGAAGGCAACAAGCCGAGCAACUCCAUCGUCUUCAAGAAGCUGAGCCCGUUCGUACUGGGAGCUCUGGUUGCGAUGUACGAACACAAGAUCUUUGUUCAGGGAGUCAUCUGGAACAUCAACAGCUACGACCAGUGGGGGGUGGAGCUGGGGAAGCAGCUGGCGAAGAGGAUCGAGCCCGAGCUGAGGGCCAGCGGCGCCGUCUCCUCCCAUGACUCGUCCACCAACGGCCUCAUGAGCUUCCUGAAGAACAACUUCGCCUGAGUCCUGCGUCACGUGACCACCGCGCCCUCCUCUCAUUGGCUGGAGUCCUGUGCACUUUAUGUCUGUAGCUGCUUGUCAGAGGAAGGUAUCAGUAGCGCCUAACUGGAGGAGAAUGUGCAGAUGUGACUGUAGCCCCGCCCCUUAACGGAGGCAGCACCGGCCUUCAAAAUAAAAGCCCUGUUUGUCUGAA